AUGAAACCAUCAGUCAGUAUGAAGCUCGAGCUCCUGCUGGUGUUUGCUGUUGUGCUCUGGGUGGACAGCAUGCCGUUGUCCAGCACGGGGAGGAAGAAAUAUAACAAGCUGCUACUAAUAUCGUUCGAUGGUUUCAGAUGGAACUAUGAUGAAGAUGUUCACACGCCGAAUAUGGACCAGUUGGUCCAAGAAGGAGUGAAGGCAAAAUAUAUCACACCACCGAUGAUCACCAUGACCUCUCCGUCACACUUCACCACUAUAACCGGGAGAUGGAUAGAGGAUCACGGCGUUGUCCACAACAUGAUGUUUAAUUCCACAACUCUCUUGAAGUUAACUCAUAAGAACACGCUGAAACGAUCUGCGUGGUGGGACAACGGGGCUUUGCCUUUAUGGAUAACAGCUCAGAAUCAGGGCCUGAAGACGGCGUCUUAUUUCUACCCCGGAGGUGGAGUGAAUUACAGCAGGCAGGCUGUGGACAGGUCUCUGGUGGAGGCAGAAGGUCACCCUGAUGCUAACGAGACCGAAUGGCGGCAGAAGAUCGAUACAGUUAUGGGAUGGUACGCUAAAGAGAAUUUCGACUUUGUUACUCUGUAUUACGGAGAACCGGACAACGUGGGCCACAGAGUUGGACCAGAGACUGAAGAGAGAAGGAAGAUCAUUGGGCAGAUCGACCGCCUCAUCGGCUACCUGAGAGAGUCCAUCCAGAAGAACAAUUUAUCCGAUCACCUCAACGUCAUCAUCACCUCAGAUCACGGCAUGACCACCAUUAAGAAAAGUCCAGCGGUGAAGGAAAUAAAGCUGUCAGAGUACAUUAAUUUUGCAAAUCUGACCCACUUCGACAUGCUGGACUAUGGAGGUUUUGGGAUGAUAAGACCCAAGGAAGGGAAGGUGCAGGAGGUUUAUGAUAAGCUGAAGAACGCACAUCCGAACCUAACUGUUUACAAGAAGGAGGAGAUUCCCGAAAACUUCCACAUCGCAAAAAACAGCCGAAUUCAAGACAUCGUUCUUAUUGGAGAUUUAGGUUUCAACUUGAACUCGAGAUACAUAUUUUAUGUGAACAAAGGAGACCACGGCUUCAGUAAUCAAGAAAUGGACAUGAAGGCAAUAUUCCGAGCAUUUGGACCUGACUUCAGGAAAAAUUUCAUAGCUGAGCCGUUUGACAGUGUGAGCAUUUACCCGCUGAUGUGCAAGUUGCUGGGUGUAGAUCCAGCUCCAAACAACGGCAGCCUCAGCGACACUCAAGCCAUGCUCGUGGAUUACUCUGAUGCUGGUGGACACGCUGGGAGAAUCCAGACGUCUGUCAGUCUUUUAGUCAUCAUGAUGUUCAUCUUGCUCCUCCUUUGAACUGCACAGAUCUAUUAGUUAAACUGACUCCUAAAAUGUAAUAAGCUAUUUUUAAAUAAAAAAAAACAACAACAACUAAUCUAUAAUAAAACUAAAUGCUAAACAAAGACUAAUACUAAGUCAUUUUAACAUUGUUUUU